AUGUUGUGGCAUUUUCGAAAUUAAGACUCCAUUGUUGUCCAAUAAUGAACACGGUAUAUACACUGAGCUCAAACGGGGGUUCCCUUUUCUCAUCACCUCACUCGCACUUUCCUCCUUUUAGGACCAUUUCUUAGCUGACGUUUUCCAAACCAGAUAAAAUAAUCCACCUUUACCAAAAACCCACUGAAUUUCCCAAACGAUUAUCACAAACCCCCAUCGUUUCUCCAUUACAGCUUCCUCUACACCUUUAAAUUAAGCCUUUAUCUCUUUCUUGAUUUCAAUUUCUAUAAAAAAAAAAUGGAACCCAUACCCGCGAAUUCUCUUCCCGUCGGCUAUCGUUUUCGUCCCACCGAUGAAGAACUCGUCAAUCAUUACUUACGUUUGAAGAUCAACGGUUACGAUCGAGAAGUGAGUUGUAUUCAAGAAGUCGAUGUCUGCAAGAAAGAGCCUUGGGACUUACCCGGUUUGUCGGUGAUUGAGUCGAUCGAUAAUGAAUGGUUCUUUUUUUGCCCUAAAGAUCGAAAGUAUCAAAACGGGCAGCGAUCGAACCGCGCCACCGUGUCUGGGUACUGGAAAGCCACCGGAAAAGAUAGGACGAUCAAGACUAAUAAAGGGGGAAGUGUGAUUGGAAGGAAGAAGACUCUUGUUUUCUAUACUGGUCGAGCCCCAAAAGGGGAAAGAACUCAUUGGGUGAUCCAUGAAUACAGUCCUACCCAAAAAGAACUCGAUGGUACCCAUCCUGGACAGAAUCCUUUUGUGCUGUGUCGUUUAUUUAAGAAACAUGAUGGGAAGGACGAAAUUCCCGAAAGCUUCGACUGUGCUGAUGUUGCGUCUCCUCCUUCGAUAGUGAAGCCGUCUCCCGAGGAUGUUCAAUCAGAACCCGUGACACCAAAUUUUUUGAAUGUUCAAACCCACGUGCAACCUUCACGCACGGAAACUUUGAAAGUUGAAGAUUACGAUAGAACGAAUGACUCGCUGGUUUUUCUUGAUUGUCAUGACAUGGAUCCUUCGAAAGAUCUAACGCCAUAUCCGGAGCUUGAAGAUGAUCUACAAGUUUUCUGGGAUCCUUCGCCGCAAAAUUUGGAUUCAAAAAUCUUUUCCCCUUUGCAUUCCCAUAUGCAGUUAGAGUUUGGAUCUUCAUACUUGGGCGGUAACAAUGAAAUUGGAAACUAUGGAAACCAACAUUUUGAAAUGCAGGAUGAGUACGGAACAAAUGCCGAGGAAUUGCUAAGUUUUAUAGAUGAACCGGAUCAGUUUUCUUUCGAUGAUUCUGGUUAUAAAGGCGAUUCAUUUGCUCAACCUUCUAUGCCCAAAGUUGACAUUAAAGAUUAUGGAUAUAGCAGCGAGUCUGAUGGCGAAGUCAUCCAAGUUCAGCCUAUACACAGUGGUUUCUCAACCGGUGGACCAGUUAACAUGGGACAACAAGCGUAUCAUUGGCCUGAAGGUUUUGAAAACGGGAAUGGCGGAAAUUCUGCCCUCCAAAGCAUAAUGACCAUAGAAAAGAUCCCUCCUGAAGAGUCGUGCAGCAGCAGCAGCAUCAAUAAUUCUGGGACGGGCAUCAAAAUCAGGAGCCGGGGAACACAGGGAAUCGGUAAUGGCCCGAGCUUUGCUAACCAAGGAACCGCACAGAGAAGAAUCCGUUUGCAGAUGAAACCAAGAAAUUUGAUCGAAAAAGAAGAUGAAGGGAAACAGAAGGAGAAUUAUAGUGAUGCUGCCUCGAUGAACAAGGGUGUGAAGUCCAGAAUGUCGGGCGUUGGUUUGCGUAUGCGAAAGGUGAUUGUGGUUGUGGGUUUUUGCGUAGGAAUCGCUAGUUUAUGGAAAUGGUUAAUUGACUGAGUAGGGAAGUAGUUAUUUUGUGAAUUAGUAGGAGGUGUAGAACGAUGACUUGUGAUGUUGAUAUAUCGUUGUUUAUAUAACCGUAGUUUGUAUGGGAUCGAACGUAAAAACGACUGGUUGUUUUCAGGAGUUGUAUGAUAAUAAUUUGAUGGUUCUGUGAGUUAUGGACUUGAAUCUGUUGUUGUUACAA